AUGGAAGACGGAAAGUCGGUUGCGACAAACCGAUAUUGCUUCAAAAGAAGUUUGUUAAGUUUCUUGGUAAUUAUUUCAGAUAUAUUCGGUGGUCAUUGUUCGAAACAAGACCCUGAGGUGGAUGCCUGUCUGCUAAAGAGCUUCAAUAAUCUCAUUGAACAUCUCAAGGAAGGUGAUCCCGAACUGGGAAUCGAACAGUCAGAUACCAUUGUAAUUGAUGAGUUAUCAAUCGCUCUGGGCGGAGGUCCUGAUGGAUACAAGGCCACCUUCAAAGACAUUCACGCCAGCGGAGUAGAUGACGUCACCAUCACUAAUGUCAGGUCAGAUCUGGAAACGCAUCAGUUCCAAAUAACUCUCUCCAUACCCCACAUCAGUGCCACGGCUCGUUACCGAUCCUCGGGGAUGCUGCUUCUAGUUAGAGCCUCAGGUGGUGGAGACUACUGGGGAGAAUAUGAGAAUGUCAAGGCGAAGGUAUAUUUCCGGGGCGAGCCUUUCGUCAGGGAUGACCAGACGUUCCUGAAACUCAAGCAAAUUAAACUGGACUUCUCUGUCAAGGAAAUCAAGAUGGGUGUUGAAAACUUACACAACAGCAACUCUGUCUUACAAGCGGCAUUGAAUCUUUUCAUUAACACGAACGCCCAGGAACUGCUCAAGGAAAUGAAGCCACAACUAAAGAGAGAUCUAGCGGAGAAGAUGUCCCGGUUCUUGGACAGAAUCCUAGACAAGAUUCCAUACGACGACUGGAUUGUCGAUUAG